AUGGCAUCGGAUCUAAAUUCCGGGUUGUCAAAGAAAACGAUUUUUGGAUUGAAAGUAUGGGUAUUAAUGGGAAUAAUUGUUGGAUUGUUCAUUAUAGUCAUUCUUGUGGUGCUAUCGAUAUGUCUUACUUUAAGAAAAAAAUCCAGAAGAGGCACUGGCAGCAUGCUUCCUCUUGGCCAUAUUCUAUCUAUUUCAGAAGAUAUUAAAGAAAUUAGCGUCGAUCAAGUUUCGUCGAAUAGUCAUCCACGAAAUGGUGGUUUUAUGAGCUUGAAUGAUAAGCUUAGUGACGGAGAUUCCGGAAAGGUUUUGAUCCAAACAAAGAAUGGAGAUAAUAGCAGUCAGUCAGGCUCGUUUAAUUGUAUAGAGAAAGAUCUGAAUGGCUCUCAGUCAGGUGAAGAUAGCGGUGGUUUUAGGAGCGUUUCGGUUUAUAGGUCUUCAUCACAUCCUAUAUCUGCGCCGUCACCGUGUUCUGGGCUUCCCGAAUUCUCUCACCUUGGCUGGGGCCACUGGUUUACAUUAAGGGAUCUUGAACUUGCAACAAACAGGUUUUCGAAAGACAGUAUUAUCGGUGAAGGUGGUUAUGGAAUUGUCUAUCGAGGUCAACUUAUCAACGGGAAUCCCGUGGCUGUUAAGAAGCUCCUCAAUAAUUUAGGACAAGCUGAAAAGGAAUUUAGGGUUGAAGUUGAGGCUAUUGGUCAUGUGCGGCAUAAGAACUUGGUUCGGCUAUUGGGUUUUUGCAUUGAAGGCACUCACAGGUUAUUGAUUUACGAGUACGUUAACAAUGGCAAUUUAGAGCAGUGGCUUCACGGAGCCAUGCGGCAGCAUGGCUAUCUUACUUGGGAAGCUCGGGUGAAAAUUCUUCUCGGAACAGCCAAAGCGCUAGCUUACUUGCACGAGGCAAUAGAGCCAAAAGUUGUACAUCGAGAUAUUAAGUCGAGCAAUAUUCUAAUUGAUGAUAACUUUAAUGCUAAAAUAUCCGACUUUGGGCUUGCUAAAUUACUCGGUGCCGGAAAAAGUCACAUUACAACUAGAGUAAUGGGUACUUUUGGAUAUGUAGCUCCAGAAUACGCCAAUUCUGGCUUGUUAAACGAGAAAAGCGAUGUUUAUAGCUUUGGUGUAUUGCUUCUUGAAGCAAUUACAGGACGUGACCCGGUCGAUUAUAGCCGACCAGCAACCGAGGUAAAUUUGGUCGAUUGGCUCAAGAUGAUGGUAGGGUGUAGGCGCUCAGAAGAAGUGGUGGACCCCAACAUUGAGACCAGGCCAUCGACGAGCGCUCUAAAACGAUCCCUUUUAACGGCUUUGAGAUGUGUUGAUCCAGAUUCUGAAAAAAGACCAAAGAUGAGCCAAGUCGUUCGCAUGCUUGAAUCGGAGGAAUAUCCCAUACCUCGGGAGGAUCGAAGACGGCGAAGGAAUCAAGCAGGAAACAUAGAGGCAGAGAGCCAGAGGGAGACUUCUGAUACAGAUAAAAGUGACACUCCAGAUUCUAGACAAAAUUUGAGAAGGAACUAA